CCGCUUCAGAGAGGGCGCAGCAAGUCGGUAGGAAUCUCCGCUUCAGAGAGGGCGCAGCAAGUGGGUACGCUCAGGAGGUACUCCAUACUCGCCUGGAGAAGAGAAAGAGGAGAACAUCGACUGCGUGGUGGUGGAGGGGUGGCAACCGGCGUCGUAGGUUGUUGUGUGGAAGAUCGCCAUGGCUCCGAGCGGUCGGGGUUGGUUGGCGGGUGCGAUGCUAGCGCUGCUGUCCAUUGCAGCUGUGUCGUCAGCCAGUGAAGAUCCCGCGUGUGGCGGGCUCCCGUUCGCCGCGGGUGUCUGCAGCGGCAAAGGUGGUGAAGCUGACCUGGUGACGCCGAACACUGGCACGCUUAAGGCCAGUGAGAAGGUCGGUGCGCAACCUCUUCCCCCCGUGGCUGUCGGAUUCCAGGACGCCAACGGCAAAGAUCGCUCAUCAGGUGGGAAGGGAGACGUGGUUGUGGCCCAGGACGGGAGCGGGAACUUCCGUACGGUGCAGGCCGCCAUCAAUGCUGCCCCAGUGAAGAGCACGAAGAGGUUCGUGAUCUUCAUCAAGCCCGGGCGGUACAGGGAGAAGGUGACCGUUCCUUCGAACAAGCCGUUCAUCACGCUGCGGGGUUCAGGUCCAUACCGGACGGUGAUCAGCUGGGGCGACCGGGCGUCGACCUUGCUGAAGACGACCAAGAAGCCGAUGGGCACGUUUCUGUCGGCGUCUGUGGGAGUGAACGCGGACUACUUCACUGCAGAGGACAUUACCUUCCAGAACCAUGCCUCGCGGCCGCGACCCAACUCGUUCACGGAACAGGCGGUGGCUUUCCGCAUCACGGGUGAUUUCGCCGCCUUCCACAACGUGCGCUUCUACGGCUACCAGGACACGCUGUACUGCCACCGUGGGAGGCAUCUGUUCAAGAACGUGUACGUGCGCGGCAGCGUGGACUUCAUCUUCGGCAACGGCAGGUCGAUGUUCCUGGACUCGCUGCUGUUCGCGGACGUGACGAAGACGGGCGGCGCCCUCACCGCUCAGAAGAGGGAUUCCACCAAGGAGCCCACCGGCUUCGUCUUCAUCCGGUGCAAGGUGCAGGGGACCGGGCAGGUCUACUUGGGCCGUGCCUGGGGCCGUGCCGCUCGCACCAUCUUCGCAUACACGUACAUGGACAACGUGAUUCUCCCCGUGGGAUGGAACGACUGGUUCGACCCGACCAGGCAGGAGACCAUCUUCUACGCCGAGUACAGGUGCUCUGGCCCUGGAGCUCGCAGGGGUCAGCGCGCCAGAUGGUCCUUCGGCCUCACUGACAAGCAGGUGCAGCCGUUCCUCUCCACCAACUUCAUUGAUGGCAAGAAGUGGCUCGGGAAAACCGGAAUCCCCGGGCUCCGCGAUGUCGGCACGAAGCAGUCCGGCACCAUGCCCACGGACGCGCCGCCACCUCCACAGAACCCAAAGAGGCUCAGGCUCUUCAUGUAGGUUCCCGGGGCAUCUCACAUUUUUACGAAUUCGCUCAGUGAUCCGGUGGGCAGCAUCAUGCUUUGGCUCUCAUCUCCGACCUUCCGUUUUUAUUCUCUGCUUCUCCCUAUUGGUUUUCCCGAUUGAAAACCUGGACCGUUUCGUCUAAUGGGAAUCAGGGCUUUCGUGUGUUCCAAGAAAGCGGUGGUAAUGACGCUCGGCCAGUGUAGUCGAUCUCCGUUAUAGGCGAUUAAAGCAGAUUGCGUGCAAUCUGCUAGGCGAUCAAUAGCAUAAAGCAGAUUAUGUGCAAUCUGCUAGGCGAUCAAUAGCAUUUGAGUGGUCGAGUGGGAGAACGAAGGUCGAAUUCUCAGACGAUUCAGGUUAUAUUGUCAGUAAAGUGCUCUCUCUCUCUCGUCUAUGGUCCAAGCUAGAGAGCAUGGCGUUUGUGGGUUGGUGCUGCAAGUCAGUGCAGCUUCUUGGAUGACUCGGUCGGUAUCUGUUGGGUCUCUCACUUUGCAGAGAUGAUUGUUACGAGCAAACUUCGCUAUCUUUUCUGAUUUUCUUUAUGUAAAGCCGGCGAUGUUGUGACGAUGGAUAAUGGUUGCGAGCAAAGCGGAACCGUGUCUAAUCAUUGAAGGAUUGGUAACUGAUUAAUCGGUGAUUCUGACUUAUUGAUAGAUUGAUUCUUUGCGAUCACGACUUGUUAAUAGAUUGAUUCUUUGCGAUUGUGACUUAUUGAUAGGUUGCUUCUUUGCGAUUGUGACUUAUUUAUAGAUUGAUUCUUUGCGAGAGCGCAGCUAUUCAGGUGUUGUUGUUUUUGCACAACCAUUUCGAACGCGGAUAAUACCGUCCAUUGCUUUUCCCUUGAGAUGUACUGGGACCCCCGUUGUCGUCUGGCUUUGCUUUUGUUUUACCUUUUUCGUCUCUCUCUCUCUCUCUCUCUCUCUCUCUCUCUCUCUCUCUCUCUCUCUCUCUCUCUCUCUCUCUCUCUCUCUCUCUCUCUGUCU